AUAAAGUCAUUUAGGCAGAGCAGUGAAUGUGAAGUUGACAUUUCGGCUAUCAGGCUAAAAAGGGUGUCCAAAACCGAAAAGGCCUCUUCAUAAUCAUUCAAUUUAGACUGCAAAAAUAAAAAAUAUAUAUCAUUAAAAAUGGCCCUUGCUCUGCGCAGUAUGUUAAGAAAUGUCACCAAGAAGAUCCAAGUACGUGGCUAUGCAGAAGCCCCAAAAGAAGGAGAAAUGGCAUUUACUUUUGCUGCUGGAAAUAAGGUUUUUUAUAACAAACAAGUUGUGAAACAGAUUGAUGUGCCAUCAUUCAGCGGUGCAUUUGGUAUUUUACCAAAGCAUGUUCCCACAUUGGCUGUGCUUAAACCAGGUGUUGUGACGGUAACCGAAAAUGAUGGUAAACAAAGCAAAAUUUUUGUUUCAUCCGGCACAAUCACUGUGAACGACGAUUCCUCAGUUCAGGUUCUUGCUGAAGAGGCACAUCCCUUGGAGAACUUAGAUCGCAGCGCAGCGCAGGAAGCUCUCAGCAAGGCACAGUCUGAAUUAAACUCUGCUGCUAAUGAACAGGCUAAAGCUGAAGCCGCGAUUGCUGUAGAAGUCGCUGAAGAAAUCGUCAAAGCGGUGUCAGCGUAAACUUCUUAUCGGUCUCUAACAUGUUUAGUAUAACAACUAUUUAAUGAUAAAACUCCUACACUUUAUUAAAGUUUAUGGCCAUAGUGUA